GCUAUAUAAUGGAACACUCCAGUUAUUGACUCCCCCGGCCUGGCAACUGUGUAGAGGGCGUGCCAGACGUACGAGAGCUGCCACCAGUCCAUACCUGCCUAAGGUAUCUGCUUUUACUGUCCUGUGUUCGCGUGCUUCACCUUUGACCAGCACCCACAUCCUCCCAGCACUCCCCCACCACUGCUUCUCUCACCUCUAUUACUUACUCCCAAGACAAAGUGUGAAAAAUAUAAUAAGGUGAGGGUGGGGGGAGAGCGAGAGAGAGGAGUUGCCGGCUUGUGACUAGGUCAUGUGGCAGACGUCUGCUGGUGCAUGCGGCCUUCCACCACGCCCUUAGUUGCCACUACACUAUACUGUCCAGCAUGAGCUGCUCAGUGUUGCAUCAUGUGGAGGCAUGCGUCAAGGGUAACAAGCUAGUUACUCUCCUGACAAAUGGAUUUGGCUUUCGCCCUUUCGCCCAGCGGUUAACUCCUCGUGCCUCCCAGCUGGCCCUCAGGAAUGGCAACUCCAUUUUCGUUGUCACCAGAAGGAACAGCCUGUCAGGCAUCCAGAAUCAACAAGAUGAUAAUGCAACUGUUAAAUGCCAAGCAACAAAUAUAUUUAUUAAUAAUAAGCAAAGCAAUUCACAAUAUUUUUCAGAUAUCAGUAAAAAUAAAGAACAUUUCAAGAAGCUUUCUAGCAAAACCCAUCAAUCUUCCUGCACAGAGGACUCUUGGAACCUCACAAAAGGCUACUGCAACAAUGAGACUGAACCAAAAUCUUUUCUCAAUCAAUAUAAUGAACACUGGACAGCUUUUUGUUGCAGAGAUGAGGCUGCUCACACCAUUGACUCUGUAUUUAAUGUGGCACUGGUGGUGAAGGAUGUGGACAGUGUGACAGAGCUAGUCAGGUCCCAGGGAGGACAGGUGCUUAGAGAGCCAGCAGAUAUAUCAGAUGAUUUUGGUCAUGUCAGGUACUCGAUAGUGACCUCUUGCUGUGGUAAUAUAGUACACACUUUAAUAAAUAAAAAUAAUUAUAAGGGUGAUUUCUUGCCAGGAUAUGAAACCACAGAAGAUUUGAAUGAAUAUGCCGGGCAGGAGAAUAAAGUCAAUAAACAUCUUUUUGACAACUGUAUUUCUUUUGCAAACAAUGUUAAUUCACCAUCUGUUAUACAGGACAUCAAUGUAUCUGAUGGAAUUCCAAAGCAAAAAUAUAUGGAUUUACACAAAUUUACCUCUUCUUUGGACAAAGUGGCCACACCCAUACAGCGUCCAAAUGACCAUGUCCCAAUCUUAACACAUUUUGAUCAUAUCACCUAUGUGUGUGAAGCUGGAAAAUCUAAAGAUUUAAUUGCCUGGUAUGAAAAAUGCUUUGGAAUGCAGAGAUUUAUGGCCAAUCGUGAAGAAAAUGUUGAGGAAGGGUUUGUCCUGGGCGGCAAUAUUGGUCUACGACUCAAGGUCCUCGAGUACUGGCAGUGUGCCGAGACGGGCUUGGCCUUCCCCACUGCUUCCACAGGUGAUUCCUCAUUAAAACUGGUGAUUGCUGAGCCUCUACCAGAUGUCAGUGAAAGCCAAAUAAACAGCUUCCUUCAAGCACACAAGGGCCCUGGAAUACAACAUAUUGCAUUACACACUCCCACCAUGACUGCUACUGUCAAGCAAAUCAGCGAUAAAGGAAUAGCAUUUAGGAAACCUCCACCAGUAUAUUAUCAAGAGGGUAUCAAAUUGGAAGAAAUUGAAGAAGCAGGUCAUGGCGAGGAGGUUAAUCUUUUCAAAGAACUUGGGAUCUUGUUGGAUUCAGAAAUAGAUGUCUUUGGAAAUAAUGAAGUUCCUGAUGAAAAGAGUUACCUGAUGCAAGUGUUCACUAUGCCCCUCUUUGAAGAAGACACGUUCUUCUUGGAAAUAAUCCAGCGCUGUGGUGCUACAGGCUUUGGUGCAGGAAAUAUAACCGCUCUUGCAAAGUCCAUUAUACUUUACAAUGAACAAGCUAAAAGGAAUGAGCUUAAGGAAUAAUCAUAAAAAGCUUUAAUAGCAAGUAAAUAAAAAUCAGAGAAAAUGUAAACAGUAUUUUGGUCCCAAACAAAUUUUCUGAUUUACUCAUUACUUAAUAAACUAUUGCACAUUUUUUUGUGUACAAGUAAUUUUAUUUAUCAUAAACUUGAACACAAAACAAAAUCAACAAAAUGUGGAACCAUUAAAAUAAAAUGAUAAUUGUUUACAUAUUUUCUAGAUGAGUUUUGCCUUCUGUGAUGAUUAAUAAUAUGGAUUUUGAAGAUCAAGUGUAGACAAAUCUUUGUUAGUCAUGUAUUACAUUAUACAUGGUCAGCAGUACCAGUUAUAUAUUGUAUAUAUAUUCAUUCCCACCAUGUACAUAAAAGUGGGAAACAGAGUUAUGAUAAUAAAUGUACUGAACGUA